AUGUCCACGUCCGGUUCGUCCUCCGUUUCUGCCGACCGGGACAUCCUCCCCCUGAUCCCCUGCCCGGACUGCGGGGGCCAGAGCACCACCAUUGCCACUCGCGGCGGCUCCCGCCCCGGGGCUCAGAUCUACAAGAAACUCCGCCACAGCGCUGUUCUUGGCUGGUUCUUCCGCUGGUCAGACGGGUACGCGCUGGCCGAUGUUGCAAGGAUGACCCUCCUCCUCGGCGUGGCCAAUCUGCUCGUCAACCUGCUUGUUCUGGCUCUCGUGCUGCGGCUGUUCGCAAAGCGGAAUGCAUCUAUGGCGUAA